GCCGGAAAGCACUGGUUCGGCGCGCAGAAACUCAUGCUAUUUAUGCCAAUCAGCCCUGUAUCUCUCCAUGCCUCCCAACCUCUUGCUUUCUCUUGCUCGCCGCCUCCGACAUCUACGAAGAUUUCACCGCGACUGGCGGCCGUCAGUUCUCAUUGGUACCCGUGGGAAAAGUUUGACUUGGGUGGCGUCUGCUGUAAGUAGCUCGAAAUAUUAAAUUUAAAUGGCUGGAUAUGUACUGGGAGAUUCUUCACACCAUGGAGCAGUAAAAAAUGGACCAGAGAAUAGUAUUAAGGAGGAAUCUGAAGAUUAUCUAGCCAGAUGGUAUUUUUCCAGGAAGGAAAUUGAAGAAAACUCUCCAUCAAGGAGAGAUGGCAUUGAUCUGAAGAAAGAGGCAUAUUUUCGGAAAUCAUAUUGCACUUAUUUGCAAGAUCUGGGCAUGAGACUUAAAGUACCGCAGGUGACAAUAGCAACUGCCAUAGUAUUUUGUCAUCGGUUUUUUCUUCGCCAAUCCCACACAAAAAAUGACCGGAGGACAAUAGCAACAGUGUGCAUGUUCCUUGCUGGAAAGGUUGAAGAAACUCCACGCCCACUGAAGGAUGUAAUUCUUGUUUCCUACGAAAUCAUUCAUAAAAAGGAUCCUUCUGCUGUACAGAGAAUCAAGCAGAAGGAAGUAUACGAGCAACAGAAAGAGCUUAUUUUAUUGGGGGAAAGGCUUGUUCUUGCUACCCUGGGUUUUGAUCUAAAUAUGUACCAUCCCUAUAAACCCCUUGUCGAAGCAAUUAAAAAGUUUAAGGUGGCGCAAAAUGCUCUUGCUCAAGUGGCAUGGAAUUUUGUCAAUGACGGGUUGCGGACCUCACUAUGCCUACAAUUUAAGCCCCACCACAUCGCUGCUGGUGCCAUCUUUCUUGCUGCCAAAUUUCUUAAGGUGAAGCUUCCAUCCGAUGGAGAGAAAGUCUGGUGGCAAGAAUUUGAUGUCACACCACGACAACUUGAAGAUGUAAGCAAUCAAAUGUUGGAGCUUUAUGAGCAAAAUCGCUUAGCCCAACCAUCUCAUGGUAAUAACGAAGCUGAUGGAAGCUCUUGUGCUGGACCCAAUCAUCCUACAGGGGUAACCUCAACUGUCAGUGAGAGCUCUAUAUCUUUAAAUGCAAGGCAGGGAACUCAUCCAACCCAACAAACGAGGCCAAUUGUAGCUCAACAGUCUAACGCAGAUGGUGACCGUAUUGGCUCCCGGAGUGCCUGCAGCCAUAGCAAUGACCACGGCAGUGUUGAUAGUAAAAGCGGUGUUUGGGACCAUAAUAUGGAUGGUGAUGGGAAAGAUAACUCGAAUCACGAGGCCGAGCUGGUUUCUCGCCGCUGGGAAUUGGCUGCUGAUGGUUUUAGCUCUUCUAAGCUACUUAAUGAGGAAGGACUGUCUGACGAUAAGGACAAGUGUAUGGAAACUAUCACGAAGAUUGAUAAGGACAAAGUUAAAGCCGCUCUGGAAAAGACAAGGAGACUUCGGAAUGAUACAAACAAGAAAAAUGAGAUUGUGGAUGAUGAUGAUCUUAUUGAAAGAGAGCUUGAGAAUGGAAUUGAGCUCGGUGUGGAUGAUAAGAGACAUGGCUGGCCAAAGCCCCUCCAUCCUUUGCAGACGAGCAUGAAACCAAAACAUUUCAAAUCUGAAAAUCCAAAUGUUGAUAAUCGGAUCCGGGAAGAGUUUGCUGAAGAAGGGGAGCUCUCUUCCCUCGAUGAUCAUGAUCAUCAUUCUCUUAAGUUGCAGAGUAAUAAUGGAAAAGUUUCGGCUGCAAAGAGAAAGCCAAAUGAGAAAAUAUGGUCGGAUCUUUCAGACAGGGACCAUAAAAGGGUGAGGAAAAGUUAACUGAUAUAUGAUACUGUUGGUAUCAAAAUGGUAUUUUUGUUUCCAUUUCUUUUAGUCUCAUUAUAUCUCAAAGUUGGGGGAAAAAAAAAAAAUACAAUCCACUAUAAAUUACUGCUCAGCGAUGAAGAGUUUAUUUCUAGAGAGUGCAUCACUGGUGAUGGGGCAUUCUUAUUCUUACAAGUGCUGAUGGUUUGAAUCAGGAGGAAAGGAAGGAGUGCGUGGAACUCGUCGGGCUUCAUCUCCUGAGAGAGUAGGCUAAAAAUCUUCUAUGGCUUGAGCUUAUUUAUUAAGUAUUAUGCCUGAUAUAGCUUCUAUUUUAUUUGUAAUUUUUUUGGAGUUUUUUGCUUCCUAUAUUUGCUGAAGUGUAAUUUCCACUUGUGCGCACAACAUAAUUGGGGUUUUGGAGCCUGUGGCCUGCUCUUUUGAUUUUUA